UCUCGUUUCCUCUAUCGUUUGUUGACUAGUUGCCUUGUGGCUAUGGUUUAUAUGGGUUUGCAUGGUUUUAUCGUGGUGUGGCCGAGAUGAUGUCGGUGCUUCGGCUCCGUGACAUCUCCAUGAUAGAAACGUAGAUGCAGCAUGCAUGCACAAUCAAGCACCUUGCAUCCUGUCUCUUGGGCAAUUUGAUUAGGUUAGCUGCGAACGCAUUUUGCCGUCGCCUUGUGGGAUUUGUGUCAAUGGCGAGGUCCGAUUGUCGUCGUUUUUACUCCGCAACUAGUUUGCAAGCAGAAGGGAUUAGUAUUUGAAGAGGACAUCCUGGUCUCUUGUGGAGAAAGACAAACCUGUAGAAUGAGAGCGAGUCUUCUCUUGGAAAAGGACAAUUCAAUGGGAUGGGAGCUUUAACACCAGUAAAAAGUGUUAGAGCUCCCAUUCCAUUUAUAUUCUCAUCCAGUGGAAUGAGCAACUGGACAGAAAGAAUGCAUCUAAGUGCUGCUAUGUUAGGAAAUGUUAUGACCAGCUGUGGAUAUCCUUCUUCAAGGCAGAGAUACCGCCCAAGACGCUUGGAAAAAGUCAAGUUUGGCGUGCCUCUGGAUGAAGUUUGUAAACAUGAUAUUCCCGGCCCUUUACUGGUUCUUAUAUUGAUAUUAAACAAAGAAGCUGUAUUUGUAAAAAACAUUUUUCGUACACCUGGACACCAGGGUAACAUGAAGAAGCUCAUACACAUUCUGCAAACUGGACAAUUGGUCAACAUGGAUAAUUUUAGCAUUUAUACAAUAGCUAGUGUGUUAAAGAAAUUUUUACGCAACAUACGAGGUGGCAUAUUCGGAAAGGAGCGUGAGGAACAACUGUUUACAUUGAUUCAGUUGGACAACAUGGAACAACAACGGGACCAAAUACAUGUAUUAAUUACCUCCAUGCCAAUAUAUACGCAACGAUUAUUAGUGCUGUUAUUCGGCACAUUCAGAGUAAUAGCGGUAAAUAGCGAGCUAGCGCAAACGUAUAUGAACAGCGAGGCCUUAGGAGUAUCUGUGGCACCUUCGUUGUUUCAAAGUUGCGUCAGCGACGGCAAAACUGCCAAAAUGGAGGAUAUUCUCAGAUUUAAGACUGCUACACGUGUCACCAAGUUCAUGAUAGACAACUUCGGCGUUUUGAAUUUAUUCGGGAAAGACAAUUACGAAUAUUACGCACGUAUAACAGGACGAAUAAUAAAAGUGGAGGAAGACUGGAUUUUUAAUUUCCGAUAUCCGCCGGAUACUCUUGUAUCGAGACAGUUAUCGCUGGAAGCUGAAAAGACAUGGUUACAAUACGAGUGUGAAAGAUGGGGAUUACAGUUUAAUUUAGAAAAUGCAUGUUAUCAAGAAAAAUCGCAGUCGACUCUAACUUUGGUUUAUCUACCAGAAUCCGUGAAACUCGCGUCGUCGUUAGGCAUGAUCCCGGAAAAUAUCUUGUUCGAGAGUGAUACCCGUUUCUCGGUUAGCUUAGAAGAGAACAGUCUGUUUCAGGCGUUUUCUCGUUCAUCGAGCAACGGCAGUCAUCUUCCCAUACGCGCUGCGGCGAGCGUGACGCUGGACGAACUGCGCGCGAUGAAUCGCUACGCUGAAAGUACCAAAAGUCUCAGUUACUUAUCGCAGGUUCACGAGAGACAAGCCGCGCGUAUGCGAACCAGAUCCGAAUGGUUUCUUACGCCCGUAGAAAGAGACUCGACGGCGAUGAAUAGCGGUACCGCAGCGAUACACGUUUUAAUUCACACGAAUUCAAAUCGGUCUUCCUCUGGCAAUAUCGCUACGGGUUUGAGCACCAGCGCGGAAUCGAUAAAGCGGCCGAGCGUACGAAGAACUUCCUCUAAGGAAAAGCAACAUUUACACCGCAACUCGUCCCGCCGCAAUAAAAAAAACGAUACGAUUAAAGCUGGCCGCGAUGGCGUCAUCGGACCACAGGAUUGUACCGAAGUGGACGUGAAAACAUUUCACGUUACUCUGACAUAUAAACCGCGAAUAUAGAUGAUCUUUGUUUUUACUGUCAUCUUGACGCUCAAAACAUUGUAUCAAUCAUUGGAGCGUUAUCUUUCUUGCCUUCAAAUUGCGUACUUUAGUAUUAUGUACGGAAAUCUAAUUUCUUUCUCGCCAUAUCGCUAUAUUUAUAAUCUCUAAAUAUUUAUUAUCAACAUUACUUUGAAGAUUUAGUCACUUAGAUUUUUGACAAUUUUUAUGCUGUCGUUAAUAGCAAUAUCGCAUUUUGUAAUAUAUAUAAGUUAAAUAGAGUGGGACUUUCGAUUGUAUGUAUCCCGUUCUAAACGCACGUUUUCGAUUAAUCGAACGUAAUAAAUACAUUUAUAGCAUUCCAAAUGCAUUUACGCGAAUUUAUCUUUAUUUAAAUCGUACGUUCUUACGUAUCGCAUAUCGUUAUAUUUAUUCCACACUGUAUUUAUAAAUUAUGAACACAUAUAUAUGUAUAGAUACAUGUUGUAAAAUAAAUAAAUGCACGUUAAUAUGUUUA